AGUGGAGCAGCCGCCGCCGAGUCUGCAACAACUUCACUCCGAGCAGGAGAGCUAGCUCCUCGGCGUGCAUUCACUAACAAUUACCGCUCCUGCAAUUUAUUUACUUACUCCCAGACAGCGAGGGGGGCAAGAAGAAGAAGGAAAAGAAGAAGAAAGAGAGAGAAAAAGAAAUCAUACUUGCGACGGAUUAACAACCCCCUCCUCCUCCUCCCCACUCCUUUUCCCCCCUCUCCGAACGAGUUGCAGCAAGUCGAUCACUUUAUAAAAAGGGAAAAAAAAGGGGGCAUUUUAAAAACAAAAUUAAAGAUGCCGCAGCUCAACAGCGGUGGCGGCGACGAUCUAGGGGCCAAUGAUGAAAUGAUCUCUUUUAAAGAUGAAGGGGAGCAGGAAGAAAAGAUCUCGGAAAAUGCUUCUGCAGAAAGGGAUUUAGCAGACGUCAAGUCUUCAUUAGUAAACGAGUCAGAGACCAACCAAAACAGUUCAUCAGACUCCGAGGCGGAAAGGCGGCCGCCGCCUCGGCAUUCAGAAACUUUUCGGGACAAGUCCAGGGAGAGUUUAGAAGAAGCAAAGAGGCAAGAUGGAGGAAGUCUGUUCAAGGGCCCACCAUAUCCCGGCUAUCCUUUCAUUAUGAUUCCUGACCUGGCAAGUCCUUACCUCCCCAAUGGAUCUUUAUCUCCCAGCGCAAGGACGUACCUGCAGAUGAAAUGGCCAUUGAUUGAUGUACAGGCAGGGAGCCUACAGGGUAGGCAAGGACUCAAGGAUGCUAGGUCCCCAUCUCCAGCACACAUUGUUUCUAACAAAGUACCUGUUGUGCAGCAUCCUCAUCAUGUUCAUCCACUAACGCCGCUGAUAACAUACAGCAAUGAACACUUCACACCAGGUAACCCUCCACCACACUUACCAGCAGAUGUGGACCCCAAAACAGGAAUUCCUAGGCCUCCGCAUCCUUCAGACAUUUCUCCCUAUUACCCACUCUCACCUGGUACCGUCGGCCAAAUCCCCCAUCCACUAGGAUGGUUAGUACCACAGCAAGGUCAACCUGUUUACCCAAUCACAACAGGGGGAUUUCGACACCCUUACCCCACUGCACUCACAGUGAAUGCUUCCAUGUCAAGUUUUCUCUCUGGUAGGUUCCCCCCACACAUGGUUCCACCACAUCACAGUUUACACACAACGGGAAUUCCCCAUCCGGCCAUAGUCACACCAACUGUCAAACAAGAGUCUUCCCAGAGUGACAUCGGAUCCCUCAAUAACUCAAAACAUCAUCAGGAUGCCAAAAAAGAAGAGGAAAAGAAAAAGCCACACAUAAAGAAGCCUCUGAACGCAUUCAUGUUGUACAUGAAGGAAAUGAGAGCAAAAGUGGUAGCAGAGUGUACGCUGAAAGAGAGUGCGGCAAUCAAUCAGAUCCUUGGCCGAAGGUGGCAUGCUUUGUCUAGAGAAGAGCAAGCAAAGUACUAUGAGUUAGCCAGAAAGGAACGGCAGCUUCACAUGCAACUCUACCCAGGCUGGUCAGCACGAGAUAACUAUGGCAAGAGGAAGAAGAGGAAAAGGGAAAAGCAGGCAGGGGAGACCAAUGAUCUGAGCGCUCCUAAGAAAUGCCGAGCGCGCUUUGGCCUUGAUCAACAGAAUAACUGGUGCGGCCCGUGCAGAUGCAAAUACUCCAAAGAAGUGUCGGGCAUUGUUCGGGCUAGACCAACAGAAUUUAUGGUGCAAACCUUGCAGAUAAAUCUUUCCCUGUUUCUAGGAGAAAAAAAAGUGCAUUCGCUACAUACAAGGUGAAGGCAGCUGCGCCAGCCCACCCUCUUCAGAUGGAAGCAUAUUAGAUUCUCCUCCCCCUUCUCCUUCCAUGUUAAGCCCUUCUACCGCAGACUCUGAUCCACAGACUGAACAAAUGCAACCUCUAUCACUUACA